GAAUACCAGAAGACUGUUCGGCAUCCGAUUUCUUACAGAAAUUCAUAAUCUUAUUGUAUUUCAAGGAAGGUGGCACUUGGUUUUGUAUUUUGCUGCUUUAAUAUGGGUGUGUGAAUAUCUUGUUUAUUACUUCACACUAUACAGUUGUAAUUGGCCCGACCCACCCAAUGCUAGUGUGAAAAACAUACGAAAUCCCGACACUGCGAUUGUCAAUCUAAUGGUACUUGCAGACACACAUCUCGUCGGAUACGUUCUAGGUCACCCCAUCGACCGCAUUAGAAGGGAUUGGCAAAUGAAGCGUGCUUUCCAAGCUUCCUUAUAUUUACAUAAUCCUAAUGCCGUUAUAAUAUUAGGAGAUAUUUUGGAUGAAGGGAAAUGGGCUACAAAUGAUGAUUUCAGCCAUUUGGUGGGAAGAUUUCGCGAUAUUUUUCAUCAUGAUAAAACGAAAACAUUAGUUAAAACCGUUGUUGGCAAUCAUGAUAUCGGGUUUCAUUAUGCCACUAAUGAGUUUUUGAAUAAUCGAUUUCACCGGGAUGUUGGAGACAAUAUUUAUACACCGCCUAUUUAUCUGUGGUCCUUCUUUGGCAUCCAUUUCGUUAUUGCAAACAGUAUCGCUUUUGAAGGUGACAAUUGUGAUUUAUGCUUUGAAGCCAAUUUCAUAUUAAAAUCAAUUGCGAGAUAUCUUGAUUGUUUGAAGAUAUCUACUCCAUCUAAUACCAAGAGUUGUUAUUCCAAGGAACUUGGUAUGGGCCUUUCUGACAAAUUCCCAUACAUUGAUGUUGAUCUUAAUGAUCCAUCUUCUUUCGUCUAUUCACGUCCGGUUAUUUUACAACAUUUCCCCCUAUAUCGCACUUCUGAUAGUGGAUGCUCUACAAAACCAAUGGAUGCUAUGCCCAAACACUUGAGAAAAACUGUAAACAGACCGAAACUUGAUUGUCUGUCAAAAGAGGCAACAAAACAAUUACUGGAAUCUCUUCGUCCACGACUAAUACUAUCUGGUCAUACACAUUACUCAUGUAAAAUGUCACAUCGAUUCGGUAACCAAUCGGAUUCUGCUGUGGAAUGGUCAGUUGCUAGCUUCUCUUGGAGAAAUCUCGCAAAUCCUGGAUUUCUAAUGGUAUAUUAAUUGGAUUAUUAUCCGUAAUACAUGCAAUUUACCGGAGUUAUUCCUACUUCAACUGACUUUAAUUAAUUCAUGAACAAUAUUAAUUAAGUUACAAUGAUAUGCAUAGACACUAAUUUAAUCUAUACCAUGCUUUAUUCAAAGCAUCAAUGACGAAAGAAAUUGAACAAAAUGAGAAUCGAUAAAGUGGAAAUAAUAAGAGCUUUCAAUAACGUCCACAAAUUAUUCAGUAAAUAAAUGUUAUCUCCCAACUGAGUUGCGUUUAUUACAAAUUUAUAUUUCCGGUGUUCUACUCAUACUUUUUGUUGUCACGUAUCAAAAGUUAAUACCAUAUUUCGUUUAAAUCUUUUUUCCUAGGACUAUAUGGACAUAAUUCGAAACUAAUACAUUUUCUUAACUCCCAAUGUCUUUAAAAAUGUAUUUUCUUUAUUCCUUUGUUUAUCUUCAUGAUUGUUGCACUGUUUUGACGUAUUGUAUUGAUUUCCGUACCUUUUUCUAUUCUAUAAGUAACAUUACAUAAGCUGUUUCGUUUUGAAAAAUCAAUAAUAAUAAUCUCGAUAGU